GCUGGGCCCAUUGAGAAUAAUAUGGGUGCUUCCUGACAUGAACGUGCAUCAGUGUGGUCAGUACUUCCCAGCAACGGAUGCAAACAUGAAUGGCAGUUGGGGUAUCGACCUGAUAUGCACCACAUAGGUGAGGAGACACACUUUGAGCAUACAGCUAGGCAUGGGGACGGAGAGUGAGAGUAUGCUGCAGCUUGCAGCGGAGGCUUUCCAGUCGAAAAACUUCGACCUAGCUGCGGAUAUCUACGAGUGCCAACUAGCGGGUCUCGGAGAUCCAGGCAGCCGGCAGGAGCUGAUGGUGAAGCGGGCUGACGCUCUCGCCUUCGGGGGCAAAUUCACGGAAGCUUUCAGUGUCUACAGACAAGCGUCGGAGAAAGAGCGACUCAGACCUGUUCACCUGGCCAACCUCAUAGAGUACCUGGCGGGUAGUAUCAGGAGGCAAGACCUGGGUGACAGUCAAACCAGGUGCCUGGGGAGAGGAGAGGAGGGAGAGGCUGCGGUGGCGGCUCGAUGCCCGGGAGUUGGUGCGACAGGUUUCGGGUACGAGGACUUCUCCUGCCGGAUAUGUCUGAGCUUUCUGUUCGAGCCUGUGACCCUGCCGUGCGGACACUGCUUCUGCAAGAAGUGUCUGGAGAGGGAGGUGAAGGAGCGGCAGGUGAUGUGUAAGGAGUGCAGGGACAGCUCCAGGGUAGCAGACGUCCAGAGUUACAGGGUCAAUGUGGUCCUCAGCAACCUGCUGGCCAAGUGGUUCCCCACCUGGAGCCAGGCAGGCCGGCUGAGGCGGGAGGGCAACGGACUGUACGCCGAGAAGAAGAUGGAAGCAGCGCUGGAGAAAUACAACCAAGCCAUACUGAUAGCACCCAUGGACCACAUACUGUUCAGUAAUCGCUCCCAGAUCCACUCCAGUUUGAGACGCUAUGACAAGGCUCUGAGAGAUGCUGAGAUGGCCUGCAGACUUAUGCCUCACUGGUCCAAGGGUCAUGUUCGUAAGGCCCAGGCCCUGGUGUCACUGGGCAGGACAGAGGAAGCUCUUAGGGAGUAUCUGGUCUGCCUGUCUCUGGAGCCUGACUGUAGACUGGCCAAGACUGAGGCCCACAAGCUUCUCAGUGAUCUCCUGGCUCCAGUUACAGAUCAGGUUCCUGAGCACAUCUCAGACUGCUCCAACACACUGUCUUCCAGAGCACACAUCAAGAGCAGCAUUAACACUCCCUCCCAGAUCUUUAGCACCAACUUGUUGUCAUCAGCGUCCAGUCUUGCGCCCGCUCCUCCUGCUCCAGAGGGCAGUGAGGUCAAAGGUCAGGGAAAGCCUGAGGUCAGGAGACUGGAUCACCGUUUUCUCCUCAAAAGGAAACGGUGGAGCAUGGAGGAGGAGGUGGAGGAGGGAGGACAGGAGAGUAGCAGCGAUCACAAGAAAGGCAAAGCUGAUCCAGCAGAGGCAACUAAUCCAUCGAGCUCUGCAGUUGGUGACGUCUUGGACCCCACAGAUCUGGAGUGUUCUCUUUGUAUGAGACUUUUUUAUGAGCCAGUGACGACACCGUGCGGUCACACCUUCUGUCUUCGGUGUCUGGAGAGAUGUCUGGACCACAACCCGAGGUGUCCACUCUGUAAAGAGGAGCUGUCUGAGUACCUGGUCCAGAGGCAGUAUUGUAAGACAGUGGUAAUGGAGAAGCUGAUAUCGAAGUAUCUUCCCUCUGAGCUCAUGGAAAGACAGAAAAUCCACCAGGAUGAGAUGGCUGAGCUCUCCAAUCUUAACAAGAAUGUGCCUAUAUUUGUGUGCACCAUGGCCUUCCCCACUGUGCCGUGCCCUCUCCAUAUCUUCGAGCCGUGCUACAGACUGAUGAUUCGCCGAUGCAUGGAGACGGGAACCAACUGCUUUGGCAUGUGUCUGGGAGAUAACCUUAAGGGGUUUGCAGACUACGGGUGCCUGUUGGAGAUCCGUGAUGUGAAGUUCUUUUCAGAUGGCCGUUCAGUUGUGGACACCAUCGGCAGACGGAGGUUUAAAGUCAUUCAGCACAGCGAGAGGGAUGGAUACAACACAGCUGAUAUAGAGUACCUGGAGGAUGUUAAGGUGGAGGGUCUGGAAGAGCGUGAGCUGCAGUCUCUGCAUGACAUAGUGUACGACCAGGCUCUGGUAUGGGUCAACUCCUUAAAGACAGAACAGAAGGAACGCAUUGAAGGACACUUUGGACCGAUGCCUCAGAAAGACUCUGCACUUCAGGACAGUCCUAACGGUCCCUCAUGGUGCUGGUGGCUGCUAGCUGUUCUUCCAUUAGAAGGCCGAGCCCAGCUGCCGUUUCUGGCCCUCACCUCUCUGAAAGAUCGCCUCAGCGGCAUCCGCAAGGUGCUGCUCCUCAUGGCCCACAACAGGCACCGGUGACAUCUUCUCCACCUGCCUGGAAAAUGCAGUAACCACCUGCCCCCCAUACGCACAGACACACAUCCUCCUCCAAAGCAGCAGUUGACCUGUUGUUCUUAAUUUUGAUGCACAAAGAACUGACAUUGAUGUUGUUGCACCUUCUUUGUUGUAGCCCCAUCCCAUUCACAAAAUAGUGAUGGACUCAUCUGCACAUCUACAGCAAACUUUAACUAAAAAAAAGCAGCAACAAAGAUGAGAGUAAGCUGAAUACAUAGAUAUCUUUGUUCAUAACAUUCUCUUCACACCAUACAGAAAACCAGCCGUGCAGACCUGCAGAUUGAAGCUAUGUUCAGACAGAAGGGACAUCUGAUUUCUUAUGACUGUCAUUACAAGCCACAUGUGACUAGAUUUGGUACAUUACAUCACCUUCUGUUAUAACAUUGGAUGUCACUGUAACAAUACUAAUGCGCACAUGCUAAGUAGCUACGUGUUUUUGUCUAACAUUUCCAGGUGUACAGCAACAAGCUUUUGUGCUGUUAUGUCUUCAAAUGUCCAGGUUCCACUGUUGCCUUUCUGGCCCUCCUCCAUGUUUAUAGUUCUUUGUUCUUCCUCAUGCUUACAUUUUGUUUGUGAAAACAAACUUUGCAGUCUGAUAUGAGUGAUUUUUCCCCAAAACAGGCUGAGCUGUCUGAACAUAGCUUUAAAACAAAGACAAAACAAUUUCCCCAGAUCAGACAUACAAAUUCAUUUAUGGCAAGUACCAUUGAUUCAACCAAUCAGUGUCCACUUGCUGUAUGUCUCUAAAUGUACAUAGAAAUUCUGCAAGAGACCAAACAAUUUGCCUUUUGUGUGGUUGCACUCACUACUGUUGAGUGAAUAGUAAUAAUAAUAAUAAUAAUACUGAUUAGAUAUGAUUAAUUUGUAUGCCCAUUACUAAAUGUAGACAGAAACAGAUAAACCUAUAUGUUUACUAUUCUGCCAUCUUUAUUAUAACUUCAAUAACAAUCAUUUUUUGGCUGCUAUUCUGUCUUCCUGUCCUCCUUGCUUCCUUCAUUGCUGUCCCUGUCUGACACUAUGCACAUUAUGCUGCAUGAAUAACAAUGUACUGAACUUUUUCAUUGCUUGUUCUUGUGUUUCAUUCAUCCAUGUUUUUUAUUUGUUGGAAUAUUUUUUUCACUAUUUAUUUUGUCGUUAUUUAUGCAUGCCGUGACAUUGUUUACAUUUUACAGAAAGAGAUGCUGAGCUGCUCACUUUCCAAAGGCUUUUUGUUUAAACUUAACCCUUGACCCAAACGUCAGUAAUAAUAUUCUGUAAUGUUGUAGGGUAUUAUUACUGUUAUACAACUAUUUACACAAUCAGCAGGGGGUAAAGAGUUGGGGCCAACAUAGCUGCCACUGAAAACUAGCCAGGACAAACUCUAGAAAUUUGAGUUGAGGGCAGAUUCUCUUCCAGACCACAUAUUUUUAGAAUGCCGGUGACCCAAAUCAGUGUAGUAUUUGUAUUGGCCUGUGUCAAUCUGAGCUAUGUUGACUUUAACAUAUUUGGAUUCCCCCUCUGUCAGCAGCCUCUCUAUAGCAGAGGUACUUGUAAUAAUUACAGGCUUUAAGAGAGCCUGGCAAGCAAUACCUGGAUUUCUGAUACCAUUAUGUCCUAAGUAUAUUUAUUCAGUAUUUAUUCAGACUUGUGUUGCACUUCCACUUUAAGUAAGGGAAAGAAACAGAGCAGACAGGCCUCAGGAUGUGCAUUUCCACUAUUGCUAGUGUCAGAAUACUUAACUAUUUGUAUUACCACAGAAUAAACUCAAAUCCUCUAAUGACUUAAUCAGUAAACAGUCCCUAAAUGAAAGCCUGUCUGCACUGUCUAGUAGUCCAACGCUAUUGCUACAGAUCUCCUUUCAUAUGGGUUUGAUUGAUGUAUGCUAAAGGCUGGUGCCUUCUGUCCACAGAAUAACAUGGUGUGGAACAAUUUCACAUUAGGUAGUGCAUACUAGGCCCAUUUUAAGGUUAAUCUCCCUUCUUUUGCAAAUUUUAGUUCAGAAAAUGAUUUUCAUGGAAAGAAAAUUUGUAUAUAUUGAUUUGGAGAAUUCCCACAAAUAUAUUUCUGAGAAAAUGGUGUUGUUAGAAAAAUAUUGAGGCCUUGCUGAUGUCUGUGACAUGACUGUUUUUACAUGGCAAGAGCUAAAUCUCUGAAAAAUGCUGAAAAAAAGCUUUGCCUUUAAAAUGUUUUUAUUUUAUAUACGCAUGUUUGAUUUUACAUGUUUCUAUGUCAGUCACGUUCUUUGUAUUUUAUUAUUUUCUUCACCUUAGUCGUGUGUUUAUUUUGUCUGUAUUUCACCUGUAAUAGUACAGGGAGUGUCACGUUAAAUCAUCCACAUUUAUUAUUUUCUGUUGAAGGUUAAUGCUAUAAUAUCGAGAAAGUGAAUACCACAAUCUUUUGAUAUUUUCCCCACAAUAAUUUGGUGAUACUUUAUUGUCAGGUGGUUGCAAUAUGACACAGAAUGUAACAGCAGUACUAUAGAAAGUACUAUAUAAACUAUAUAAUCCAUUGUGUAAUGAUCCAAGUGUUAAAUUAUAUUAGAAGAUUUCUGUCUAAAGAGGCAUGUACUAUUGAACAAGUGCUGAGAAAAUAAGAUUAACUGGUUUCAGCUAUCUCUCCAAAAUGUAUAAAACAAUAACCUUUGUAAUGUUUGCUAAUAUUGUAGCUGGUGCCCACUGAAAAGCUAUGUUGCUCAAACUGGGCAGGAAAUGGAAAAGCCAUUAGUCAGAUAUAACCACACCUCCAGUAUAAAAGCAUAUCUCAGAGAUAUUUCAAAUUCAGAGACGCAUGUAUUUCCUUAUAGAUGUGACGAGGUAGAGGUAAAGGGAAAAGCCACCGAAAAGAAAGUCACAUAUGCUAUUUUAUUUUUUACAAUUUGUAAGCAUGAGUAUAAGUAAAAAAAAAAAUAUUUAAACUCCCUCAA